CAUGUCUGUAGGGGAAUGCAAUAUAUACCUUCACACAAUGCUAGUGUGCCACGUCGUUUCCAGCCUCCCCACCCAAUUCUGUCAGCCGUGCUUUUCUCCAAAUCUCCUGCUCAGGGUGUGAGAACAAAACCAAGCCAAGAUGUCAGAAGCUUGAUGCUGUCCAUUGCUAAAGGACUACUGGAGACGGAAACAAAAGAGAAAGAGGAGGAGAGGAAGCGAUACAUGACGGACACCUGCCCUCCUUUAUCCUUGCCAGGAGGCCUACAAGCCCUACAGGAGCUGUGCAGGGAGUUUCAUCAUAAGAUUGAUGUAAUUGAUGAGGAGAGAUAUGAUUUGGAGAGCAAAGUCAGCAAAAGUUCUAAGGAGAUCGAGGACCUGAAGAUUAAAGUUCAAGACCUGAAGGGCAAGUUCAAGAAGCCAGCUUUACGUAAAGUGCGCAUGUCUGCUGAUCAGAUGCUUCAGGCUCUGCUGGGCUCCAAGCACAAGGUGUCUCUGGAUCUGAGGGCCAACCUGAAACAAGUGAAGAAGGAGGUCAAAGAGGAGGAUAAGGAAUUGCGCGAUGUUGGGGACUGGCGUAAGAACGUUGAAGACAAAGCUGGCAUGGAUGGCAGGAAGAAGAUGUUUGAGUCUGAGGCUUAAAUUUCCAAAUGUACUCUGCUCAUCCAUGUUUCGGUGGAUUCAUGGUUGUGACCUGCUGCUAGUUAACUGGAAUGAGCAAAUCUUGUUUGAGUUGCAAAGGACAAAACCGUUCACAAAAAAACUUACAAGCACUAAUGAAUGAUGUUCUGUAAAAGGCUAAACAUUCUAAACCUUUAUUUGUAUUUUGUCUAGUUUUAAAGCUCAUAACACAUCAUUUGUUGUAGAUACGUCUGUUUUUUUUCCAGUUUAUGAAUAAAUGAUUGAAAGUG